AUGCUUCCCUACCAGCGCAACAAAGUCGAUAUCAGCAAACUCGAUGCGCAGGAGAGACAACUCCUUGACAAAUAUGGGAAGCUGCCACAACAUAAGAAUAUUCUCAUGAAGAUGCAGAAGGAGCGGAAGUAUUUUGACUCGGGGGAUUAUGCGCUCUCGAAGGCGGGAGUUGCUCCCCAGACAGCAGUCGGGACUGCGAUACCUAAUCCUGAGAAUAUCCCCCAUGCCUCCAGCCCUGGAAACGGUCAUGGUCCCGCCCAUCAAAGUCUUUCAAUAUCGCCCACAAACUCUACAAGUCCUGUGAACAAGGAGAGCAGUCUUGCACACGACGACAACACUAAGCCUCCCGUGGACGAGACCUAUUCCAGUGAGGCAACCGUCGUUGAAACCGCCCCAGCAGCCGAGACUAUCAUUGUUGAGACCCCCAAGCCGGCGCAUCCAAAAGUCGCAGUGUAG